AUGUUUUGUGCAAUUAGUGGUAAGGUUCCACAAAAUGCAGUACUAUCACCUUCAUCCAAAUGUAUUUUUGAAAAAUCCUUAAUUGAAGAAUAUAUCCAACAAGAAGGCAAAGAUCCGAUAUCUAACCAACCAUUAAAAAUCGAUGACUUAAUUAGUAUCAAUUCUACUUCUCAACAAUUUGCAUUAACUAAUAGUUUAAACUCAUCUACACUAAAUUCAAAUUAUAGUAUUCCUAAUCUUUUAUCAACGUUACAGAAUGAAUGGGAUGCGAUCAUGCUAGAGAAUUUCAAAUUACGUAAACAACUAGAUAGUUUUAGUAAACAAUUAUCUAUUGCAUUAUAUGAAAGAGAUGCUUCCAAGAGUGUUGCUGCCAAUUUAUUGGAGGAAAGAGAUAGAUUAGCAAAAGAAUUGGAAAAAUUAACAUUGGCAAUUGGUAAUGAAAUUUCUAUCCCCAUGAUAAAUGAUGAGGUGAAUGAAAAUAUGAUCAGCCAAUCUAAAAAUUAUGCAUUAUCUACUAGGAAAAAAACAAGUUCUAAUAGUAAAUUAAACCUACUUAAAAUUGAAACCUGGGAAAAGACCAAUAAUAUUAUUAUAACGAAUAAUAAUAAUAAUAAUAAUGCUGAUAAAAAUCAAAUAAUAUUUAGUAAUCUAAUAGAUUUAGAACAGUAUUUUAUUACUAUAAGUAAUUCAGCAAAUGACAAUACCCUAAAUGUGGAAAUAAUACAUGCUUCUGAAGAAACUAUUAAUAUUAAAGAUAUUCCUAUUAAUAUUUCUAGUGUGACAUACGUUUCAUAUAUUGAAAUUAAUAAUGAAAAUUUUUUGAUUAUUUGUACAAAUAAUUUAGAUAAUAAGCCACAAAUCUUCAAAUAUAGUAUUAAUAAUGGAUUACUAGAUAUGAAAUAUAAAUUCCAAGAAAAAAUAAUAUUUGCCACUCAUCAUUGUAGUGUACUUUCUGAUUAUCUAUUAUGGGUAAAUAACCAAGGACAAAUUGGAUUAAUCAAUUUGAAUGAUUCCAAACAUCAAUAUUUAAUUAAAGAUUCUAAAGAGAUUGAAUCAAUUAAUUUUGCGGAGAUUCAUAAGGAUGGAUUAUUAAUUGGUUUUUUAAAUGAAAAAAAAGAUGAAAUUAAAAUAUAUAAUUUAAGUCAAUGUAAUGAUCCCCCUACGAUUUUUAAAAUUGGUCAAGAGAUUGAUGUGGAUGCAGAAGAAAAAAUCGAAGAAUUCCAAUUCAGUAGUAAUGGGUAUUGGAUGAUAGUUAAUACUACCAGCCAAAUUAUUGGAUACGAUUUAAGAAAAGAUACAGGGACAAUAGCUGUAGGACCAUUUCAAGGUAUUGGUAAUUGUGAUUUGAGUGGUAAGAUAAUUGUAAGUUUCACAAACUCCAAGUUGACAAUAUAUACGUAUAAGAAGAAUCUCAAGAAUUGGAGUGAGAAUGCCAGUUUUGAAAUUUCUGAAGAUGAAAAUUCUUAUAAUCGGUUAGAUGUUUUGUAUAGUAAUAAUACUGGCAAGAAUUUGAAAAUACUAAUGAGUAACGAAAACCAGAUAGAUACAUAUAUUAGUAGGUAA